AUGGCGGCUCAAAUGUUCAAUUUGACCACAAGAUUAAAAAAUGGUGUGAGCCUUAUCAAUGAUUUGGAUGCAGCAAGAUUUCCAUUGCUACUUUCUCGGAUCAUUGGAAAAUUUACAACAAAGGGCGAGAAAAUAUUUUCUGAGGAUGAACACACAAAACUUUGCAAUGCAUUCAAGGUUGACAGCAAUAAUUUGCAGAGUAUUUUGGAUACGUCAGUAUUUAUUCUAGAACAAGCGGCCUAUCACACUGCAAAACCAGCCAACCUUGCACAACAGUUAAAGAACAUCCAGCUCGUGGAUGACAAGGUGGAGAUGUUUGUUAAUGUUUGGAAAAAUCAUGGUAAGAAUGUCAAUGAAGAACUAAAACAGAGAAGUAUUGCACCCAAACAGUUAGAGAGUGUUAAAUGGAGAUUGAACUUGCAGAUGGCUGAAGCAUCACGAGAGUCAGACAAUCUUUUGUUAGAAUUCACUCAUGAGGAGCUCUACUCAUUUUAUGAUCAGCUUGAACAGAUCAAGAGUCAAUUAGAUGCUUUAAGAUAG